UAGAAGCUUUUCAACCUGUUGCUUUCUCUCUGGAGCUCUCUCUGGCUUCAAUGGAGAGGCACAAAUGCAAGCUUUGCUCUCGGACGUUCGCCAAUGGCAGAGCCUUGGGUGGUCACAUGAAAGCUCACUUAACUGCUCUCCCUCUUCCUCCCAAGCCCCAAACUCUGAUCACUCCCUCAACAACUUCAUUUUCAUAUUCCUCUUCCGACGAAGACGACGAAGAAGAAGUAGAAGUAGCACCUGCUUACGGAGAAUCAGACGACAAGGCCUUGAGCUAUGGGUUGAGGGAGAAUCCCAGGAGAAGUUUCAGGUUCGCAGAUCCUGAGUUCGCUUUCGCAGUUGAUGCUGGCUCAGUCGUCCAAGAUAGAGAAAGCGAGACCGAGUCAAAGAAGUCGACUCGCCGGCGAUCCAAGCGAGCCCGAAAAUCCACCGUCGGGGCAACCCAGAAAUUUGAAGUGACCAAGGUCAGGUCAAAUUUGACGGAGUCGCCGACGGAGCCUGAACCGGUGAGCUCGGUUUCUGAUACUUCACCGGAUGAAGACGUUGCCAUGUGCCUCAUGUUGCUUUCGAGGGACAGGUGGAUGAGAAGCGUCGUCGAACAAGAUCAAGUGGAAAGAUCGAAGGGACCGGAAGAGAUCAAGUUGAAGAGGAAGCACCAAUCCGACAACACUAAGAAAACAUCUCGAUCUUCUCGAGCAUUGGACACUCGCAAUAGUACCUACUUUCCUGAGGAAGCAGAGGCCAAAAUUGCAGGUAAUGAUAAAAUCUUCGAAUGCCCAUUUUGUUACAAAGUUUUCGGCUCGGGACAAGCACUCGGUGGCCACAAGAGAUCCCACCUCCUGCCAUCUUCGUCGUCAACUGCUAUCCGCUCUGCUAAAUGUUCCAUAGAUCUCAACUUGCCAGCUCCGGCAGAAGAAGAUGAACUCAGCGUGGUUUCUGAUGCGUAAUUUUUGGUCACUGAUCUUGCUAUGUUUAGUUGUAAUAUGCAAUUGGGUAAAGUUAAAUUUUUUUUUCCUUUGGGGGGGUUGUAGGCGAGGAACAUUUCAUUGUCUUUAUUGUUAGAUCAAUGCUUUUGAUGGUACAAUCAUGGCUGACUAUAAUCCAUGUUUUCACCAACUAUCUGGCUUUGCUUAGAGUUAGAGGUGGGUGAAUCAGUGGCUAACCGUUCACUUUUUUCUUUCUUUCCAAACUGUACUACUCGACUUUAUCAUUCUCGGUGCAGACUAUAAGUUUUGAUACUUGCACUGCGAAAACUCAGUUAUGUAUUUUUUGGGAUUUGGUUGUGGACCUACAA